GCGACAUUAUCAGUUUGGGUUCCAUUAUCUGUAACAUAUGCGACUAGUAAUGCUGGGGAUACAUCACAUUCCAGCCAGCUUCACAAUUUUCCCACCCAUAGUAAUAGUACAAAUUUCGGG